AUGCCUCUUGUUAUUCCAGGCAUCAACUCCUCUAUGGGCGAUAAGUCCGAGUGGGUCAACAAAUUGAUGGGCAAGAAGCUCAGCGACUCAGCUAGUAACGAGACGGCAUUCGCCAAGAAGGAUCUCCCCGAGUCCCACCGCAUACUGGAACAUGAUUCCAUGGCGACUGCGGAUCACCAGGAUAAUAGAUUAAAUAUCCACCUUGAUCGCGAUGGAAUCGUUCAUAAUGUGACCUAUGGCUAG